AUGCUGCCCUCCCUGCCCACCCUGACCGUGCUGGUGCCCCUGCUCUCCUUGGCAGGCCUGUUCUACUCCGCCAGCGUGGAUGAGGCCUUCCCACAGGGCUGCACCAGCACCAACAGCCUGUGUUUCUACAGUCUCCUCCUUCCUGUUACCAUACCGGUUUAUGUCUUCUUCCACCUGUGGACCUGGAUGGGGAUUAAGCUUUUCAGGCACAACUAG